AUGUCGCCCUCAGAGGUUGCUGUGCCCGAGAACCCUGAUAUUCCCAAGGAUCCAGACGACGAACUCGGGAAGAUUUGGAAAGUCGUUGAAGACCGAGUGCGCAGUAUGGCCGAGACAACAGGCGUAAAAGUCCCAAGGGGGGACCUGGCAGUCAAGAAUGUCACGGAUCUAUUGGCUGCUCAAGCUCAGAGGUCUGUUGAUGGCUCAGGAAGGUUUCAGGAGGUCCAGCAGACCUUUGACAAGACAUUGACUUGCAUCCGGACUCUCGGGGACAUCGUGAUUGGGCCUAUAUCACAGGUUUUCGGCGGGCCUGCAAACACUUGCUUCAACGCGUUGACGUUUGUCAUUCUUGCUUAUCAAGGCUAUAAGGGCAUGUUUGAGGCUCUGGCCCAGCUUUUGCAAGGGUUCAUUGAGUCGCUUGGCAGGCUUGAUGAUAUCAAGAAAUUGAAUCCCACGCCAAAGCUGAGGCUUAUUGCUUGCCAGCAGUUGAUGCUGUUUGUCAACGUCUGCGACCUCACACUCAAGUUGCGUCAGAAAGUGCGCUUCAAAGCGCGCGCUUUCUUCAACUCGACCUUCCUAAACAAUGACGAGGUGAAGAACCUUAUAGAAGAAGCGAAGAAGCUCAACAAGAAGGAAUUCCGGCAAAUCCAGAUGGACAUCUUGGAAAAGCUGGAUCGGGUUGAUAGGAAUGUCAAUGGCUUUAUGUUUGACUGGAAGACUGGGACUGAUGAGAAGAAGUGGAAAUCUACCGUGAUAGACGAGCUUGGGUGGCCGAAUGGCUCUGUGCUACAGAGUACGGAGGGCAAGAUCCCAAUCUUUUUCUGGAAGGAGCGUUUAUUGAAACACUUGGCAAGGUCGUCCCAUGAUGACGGUCGCUGGCUUUGGAACCACGAACGCUUCCAUAAUUGGGCACGGGGGGAGAGUCAUCAUAUGCCUGUCUUGGGGCUCGAGGGAGACGAAGGCACAGGAAAGACGCAUCUGGCAUCGAAGAUCAUCGAACAUCUGAAUCAGUUGGGCAAAGGGUCUUAUGUGGCAUACUACUUCGUGGAGGACAGCCGGAAGACCGAGUCAAACGCAGAAAGGGAUACCGAGCCUGUUAUCAUACGAAGCCUUCUCUGGCAAUUCGCCGACUCUUGCCGGCCCUUUCUCAAAUCAACCGCAGCAGUUUGCGAAACGAAACGGCUGAUGGUGAGAUACGACGACAUGUGGAAUCUUCUGAUCUCAAAUGUGGCUUCUGGCAAGACGGAAGCCAGAUUCUUCAUCGUCAUUGAUGGACUGGCAACUGCACAUACCAAGUUUGCCAAAUCUCUUUUGGAUGCGGUCGAGAGUCAAGUCAAAGCCUGUCAACGAAUCCGUAUUCUAAUUACGGGCGUGCCGGCAUUCUUCAGUGACCUGGAAGAAACACAUGAACUCGGGAUUGAAGUUAUCAGGUUGAGGGAUGAGAACCGCUCAGACAUCGACAAUUUUAUCGACGAUCGUAUGAACCGGAUGCCGGAAUUGACGAAUCGAUCCAAUGUACGGGCCGCACGAAUGAGAAGAAGGAUAAGCAACAAGUUGGUAGGGUCGGCAAGAGGAGACUACCGCAAUAUGGCCCAUGUAUUGGACAAGAUUAAGAAGAAGCCCCUGGAUCAAGACUGGGUUGAGAACUGUCUCACAGGCGCCAGCAGUACAGCAGCUAGCAAAAUAUCCGGAAUGGUCCAAUCCAUCGACACGCAGAGUCCUCACAACAUAUUCGAUAUCAACGAGAUGAUUCUUUGGGUCAUCGAUGGACGGACAUGGUUGAAUCUGCGUCAGAUGGCGGCAGCAUUAUCACUCGCGCAUGCCGCAGAGAGCAAGUCGCAGCAGGACAAUGAGCGGAAUAUGACAGCCCGAAAACUCAAGUCCAGAAUUGAGGGCGGCACUUAUUCGCUCUUCGAGCGCGAUGAGGAUAAAGAAAUCAAAUUCAAAGGCGGCCUGAGCAUUGAAGAGGCCAAACAGGGCAUUCCACACAAGAGAUCAAACCCUGGCGUCGCCCGCGGUGGCAUCACUACAGAUUCGAUGGCCAUACAGCUAGCUGAGGUGAAUCUGGUGAAACAUUACCUGCAGACUGUCUGUCCUAAGAGUCUUUAUGACAAGUUCGGUUUCACGGAAUUCUUCGAACAGAAGCUCAGCAGCGAGGCAAGUUAUACUUGUCAAGACCCGGCAAAUGCAGAACUUGUUCUUUCUCUUCGCUGUCUCAUGUGUCUCGUGGAUGAGCGGAAACCCGAAACCAGGGCGCUUUACAGCUACGCAGCAGAAAAUCUCCACGAACACUUAUGCUCAGCUAUUACUGAGCCCGGCGACACCCAUGACGAGCGGUCUUCCCCGGAUGAUGAAUACGGCGCUACAGACAAAUCUGAUUCGUCAGAUGACGAGAUGCAUUCUCCUUAUCGAUCCCAGAGAGACCCUUUUCUUCAAGCUCAAGUGGCGGGCUAUCUUGCAAGACUAUUUCUCGAAGACUACGCCAUGGACUCGUUGUUUGGAUUUUGUUACCCCGUCAGUGAUGACAGAAGGAGUGUCCUCGAGCUGAAAGAACUUCCGGCCAGCUGGAGUGCCUGGAUCAUGGAUGACAAGGCACUUAAUCUUCUGAAGACGUCGCUUUUCCGGGAUACUGAUGUUCUACGACACACCGGUGAGAGCGGCUUGGUGAAGUCUUUGACAGCGCCAAACCACGUCAUUGAGAAGCAACCUUUCGAGCUACUGAAGUUUGCUGUGAAGAGGGCAGUCACGCACCUCUUAAACCCAGGUGCGACAACCUACGAGAUCGAAACGUCAUUCGCAUUUCUUCUCGUUGCUGAGGCAAGGGUAAGCAUGUCCUUCCCCAGAUUCUGA